AUUGCUGUUGCGAGGAACACACAGCAGUGAAGAAUAUUAUUAUUUUUAUAUCUCUGAUUUUUUGUGACCCAAGAACCAACAACCUCGUUUCCAGUUCAGCUCAGCCGAGCGUGAAAAACGCCUGUUGGUAAUUGACAUGCGAGACGAAAAGAUUUAUUUUGAUUUUCAUUUGAAAAAUGGGCUCAACACCGGUUAUCGCCUCACAAGACCACUAAUGCCAAGCAAAACGGUCAGAAUUAACCUUUCUCUGUCAUGAAAAGGCAACGGGAAGAGCUGUAUCAUGACGAAUUCUCUUUCCCGCCAUCACUAUCUAUUUGCCCUGUUUGCGGCGCUUCUGUUUCGAAGGACAACAUAGACUUUCACGUCCAGCAGCAUUUUACACAAAGCCAAACCCCGACCUCAACUAUUACUUCAAAUUACUACGAUCUCGAAGUUCCAGCAUUUUCUGAGACAGCAGACUACAGAAUAUGUACAUACGGGAAAUGCCAAGAAAUCGUGUCUGCAUCAGAAUGGGAUGACCACCAGUUCUCACAUACUCUUCAAGACCAGGGUCCUCUGUCAUUAGGCACUGAUCAAUCAGACCCUAGCAACAUCAGCCCUAGCAACAGCAGCCUGCUUGCUUUGCAGCUUCAUCAUGAGUUCCAUCAAGAAGAUGAUGCAACAGCUGCCAUGUAUGAAACUGAUAAGGUCUUGGCCAAGGAACUUGAGAGGCAGGAGAUGGAAGCGCUAGAGAAUCAUCCAUGUGAGUGGAGCGACCAUCUGCUUGCACAAGCAAUAGAGAGUGAGGAGCAGAGGAAAGUUGAAGAAAAGCAGGAGAAAGAAAAAGAGGAGUUCAAGAAACUACAGGCCAUGUAUGGAAUGAAUUCCACGGGUAGCUAUGCAAGUCAGUACAGCAAAAGCUUAGAGCGUGAUGUGAAUCGUGGGAAGGCUUCUGUGGGUGAUUACUACGCCAGGAAAGCUGAGAUGCUCAAGAUUCUCAUGACAGAUAACGACAGUGGCGAGUCCUGCACCAGGGGUAUUAUCCCACGUCUACAUCAGCGCUACAAACUGGGCGUUAGCGGUACCAAGGUAGCAUGGACCUCGGCGGACAUUGCACACUACGCUAGCACCGUGGGGGACGCUGGGUGGGGCUGUGGGUACAGAAAUCUCCAGAUGCUCGUCUCGUGUCUACUUGGGCUGGACAUGUACAGACCCAUGCUGUAUGGAGUAGGUGAAGGUGUUCCCUCAAUCACAAGGAUUCAGCAGUUGAUCGAGACCGCCUGGAACGCAGGAUUCGAUAAACAGGGUGCUGAGCAGCUGGGCUGCAAGUUGAUUAACACUCGCAAGUGGAUAGGCGCCACUGAGAUAGCAGCUGUUCUCAGAUCCCUGGGCAUAAGAACUAAGCUGAUUGACUUCCAUCGCGCGACUGGAUGUGACGGCACACACCCAGAGAUGUUCUCCUGGAUCAAGCGUUACUUCAGCUGCGUCACGCCAGGCUUUGGAGGAGGAAGCUUGGCACUAGGUGGGCUUGAAUCCGGGAACUUCAGACAGACGUCAAAGCCACCGCUGUACCUCCAGCAUCAGGGUCACAGCCGGCUAGUGAUAGGUGUCGAAGAGCAUGCUGGGAAGGAGGGUGGCCUUUACCUUCUCCUCUUUGACCCCUCACACUCCGCCAAGCAGAUGCAGUCCCUACUUGAUGACAUCAAGGCCAGUAGCUCAGGCCUGAGGCAUCUCCGUCGCUCACUCAAGCAGAUGAGGUGUAAACAGUACCAGAUAGUUUAUGUGGAUGGGGUGAUGGAUGCACAAGAGAUGGAAAGAAGUAAAUUUAUGGACUCGACUCGUGUACCAUAGAAGAAGAGAGAGCUUGAUGAGGGACAGUUAAGAGAGUAAGGCAUGUAACAGAGGGUCGAAGCUGACAAACUUCGAACAACUUACAGAAAAUAACCAUCUUAUCAGUAGAACAAUAUUUGUGUCAAUCAAAACGCCAUGUACGAUUAAAAGUUCUUGGUUGCGUCUUAUAUUUUUCGGGUAAAAGCUUCAUCGAUAAUUGAUUGUGUAUCUUGAAACCAAAUAGGGGUUCCAGUACCUUUAAGUUGUUUGCUAGCAAUGUUUUACGUUGUUACAUGCUUUAACUCCUUGUUGUCCCUGACUAAAUUCAAUGUACGUUUUGUCCUAGAAGUCAAAUAGCUUCUAAAAAACAAAAUUAAAUAUAUUUUCCAAAUAAUUAUGUAAAUAAAUGCAAACGUUAUCUUGGAAAUAAAACAGAUUAUGAGCCUCA